GCCAAGCUCUCACCGUGGGAGACUGCGCUGCCUCCAAGUGGAUGCCCGCAGCAGAUGCCACGCAGUUCUGGGUGUCUACGGCUGCCUGCCCAGAGACCCCAGCAUGCCAGACAGCAGAGAAGCCCGGCAGGAGAACCAGCAGGGGACCAGCAUGGGGACCACCCAGGACAGCCCGCAAACCAGCUCCCUGACUGAUGGACAGCCGUCCUCCAAAGAACUCCUGGGCCACGAUCUCAAGCACCCAGCUCCAGAGGUCAACGAUGCCCCACUGGACUAUGCAGAGGAAGCGCUGUGGACAACUCGGGCUGAUGGGAGGGUGCGCCUGCGCCGCGAACCCUACUGCACACAGCUUCCCUAUACUGUGCACCGGAUGUUCUACGAGGCCCUGGACAAGUAUGGGGACAUCCGAGCUCUGGGCUUCAAGCGGCAGGACAAGUGGGAGCACAUCACUUAUUUCCAGUAUUACGCCAUCGCUCGCAAAGCCGCCAAAAGCUUCCUGAAGCUUGGCUUGGAGCGAGCCCACAGUGUGGCCAUCCUCGCCUUCAAUUCCCCCGAGUGGUUCUUCUCAGCAGUGGGCACAGUGUUUGCAGGAGGUAUUGUCACUGGCCUCUACACAACCAGCUCCCCUGAAGCCUGCCAGUACAUCGCCCAUGACUGCCGUGCCAACAUCAUUGUGGUCGACACACAGAAGCAGCUGGAAAAGAUCCUGAAGAUCUGGAAGCACUUGCCGUAUCUGAAGGCGGUAGUGAUUUACCAAGAACCCCCUCCAAAAAAGAUGGCUAAUGUGUAUACGAUGGAGGAAUUCAUGGAGCUGGGACAGGACGUGCCCGAGGAGACCCUGGAUGCCAUCAUCAGUGCCCAGCAGCCCAACCAGUGCUGCGUGCUGGUCUAUACAUCGGGCACCACCGGGAACCCUAAGGGCGUGAUGCUGAGUCAAGACAAUAUCACAUGGACAGCAAGGUAUGGCAGCCAGGCCGGUGACAUUCAGCCUGCGGAAGUUCUGCAGGAGGUGGUGGUCAGCUACCUGCCCCUGAGCCACAUCGCCGCCCAGAUGUAUGACUUGUGGACCGGUAUUCAGUGGGGGGCCCAGGUCUGCUUCGCACAGCCUGAUGCCCUGAAGGGGAGCCUGGUGAACACGCUGCGGGAGGUGGAGCCCACGUCCCACAUGGGGGUGCCCCGUGUGUGGGAGAAGAUCAUGGAGCGCAUCCAGGAGGUGGCGGCUCAGUCGGGUUUCAUCCGGCGCAAGAUGCUGUUGUGGGCCAUGUCAGUGACCUUGGAGCAGAACCUCACCUGUCCUAUCAGUGAGCUGAAGCCCUUCACAAGCAGACUGGCGGAUUACCUGGUGCUGGCCAGGGUCCGUCAGGCUUUGGGCUUUGCCAAGUGUCAGAAGAACUUUUACGGGGCGGCGCCCAUGACCACAGAGACGCAGCACUUCUUCCUGGGCCUCAACAUCCCCUUGUACGGAGGCUAUGGUCUCAGUGAGUCCACAGGCCCCCACUUCAUGUCCAGCCCCUACAACUUCCGGCUCUACAGCUCUGGCAAGGUGGUGCCAGGCUGCCGAAUGAAGCUGGUGAACCAGGAUGCAGAUGGCAUCGGUGAGAUCUGCCUGUGGGGCCGCACCAUCUUCAUGGGCUACCUGAACAUGGAAGACAAAACGUGUGAGGCCAUCGACUCCGAAGGCUGGCUCCACACGGGUGACACUGGCCGCCUGGACGCUGAUGGCUUCCUCUAUAUCACUGGGCGCCUCAAAGAACUGAUCAUAACCGCUGGUGGGGAGAACGUGGCCCCUCUGCCCAUCGAGCAGUCUGUGAAGACCGAACUGCCCCUCAUCAGUAACGCCGUGUUGAUCGGGGACCGGAGGAAGUUCCUAACGAUGCUGCUCACCCUGAAGUGCACCCUGGACCCAGACACCUCGGAGCCCACCAACAACCUGACUGAGCAAGCUAUGGAGUUCUGCCAGAGAGUGGGCAGCAGAGCCAGCACCGUGUCAGAGAUUGUGGGGCAGAGGGACGAAGCUGUGUAUCGGGCCAUUGAAGAAGGGAUCCAGAGGGUUAAUGCCAACGCGGCAGCUCGGCCGUACCACAUCCAGAAGUGGGCCAUCCUUGAGCGCGACUUCUCCAUUUCGGGUGGAGAGCUGGGCCCUACCAUGAAACUGAAACGGCUCACAGUUCUGGAGAAGUACAAAGAUAUCAUUGAUUCCUUUUACCAAGAGAAAAAAAAGUAGUUUGGGGCUGUCCUGGGGUUUCUGCUAAGGCAGCUGUCCAAGCACUUUCCUAGCUCCAGGUGUCUGGGGUUGGGCAUGGCGACUCUGUCCCAUUCCUAGUUCAGGGUACAUAGCACUGGCCUAGCUAAUUCUUUCCCAGGCAGAUAGUUUAAAUAUUGCUUCCUGUCCAAGUGUCAGAUGAGAUCCAUUCUCCUUCCCGAACGGAAAGGCUGGCCAUUUUGGACUUGGGUCGAGGUGGAUGUAACAAGCUGCUGGCUUACUUAACAGAUCUGCCAGUGACAAGCUGCUGGGGGAAGAGGGAAAGGGAUGACGGUCCUAUUAACUAAUGUGCUGCAGCAACAGCAGUCACAGCUCACCUAACGGCCUGACUUAACUCUGGAAUCUUCUCAAGACACUACCGACGCUCAUGUAAUGCCAGAUAUUACUCCACCUCACACACACCAACUGCUUGGUACUUAAAACUGCUGCUGCUGCCUAUGUGCCUAGAUUUCAUGUGUAACUUGACUAUUAAACCUUUUAACACAACUGCC